UAUAUUUAUAGGAUUUGCCAGCUCGAAGUCAGACAUCGUAAUUCCAUUCCAACACGCAGAGGCGUCCCUUCGCUUUGCCUCGCUUCGUUGGAGCUUCUCAAUUGAAACUCCUUCUUUACGGUUUCUCUCUACGUUUCCCCCUUUUUCUUCCGCCGAUUCGCCAUUCCGGACCAAUUCUCUUCUAUACACUCGAUUCCUCUCGCGGCGGCUUGUGUUUUGCUCUUCGAAUUCAAUCGGAAUGUCAUACGCCUACCUUUUCAAGUACAUCAUUAUUGGUGAUACUGGAGUUGGAAAAUCAUGUCUUCUUCUCCAAUUUACCGAUAAGCGCUUCCAGCCUGUUCAUGACUUGACUAUUGGUGUCGAGUUUGGUGCUAGGAUGAUCACCAUUGACAGCAAGCCAAUCAAGUUGCAAAUAUGGGAUACGGCUGGUCAAGAAUCCUUCAGGUCUAUUACAAGGUCCUAUUAUAGAGGGGCUGCCGGUGCAUUGCUUGUCUAUGACAUUACCAGGAGGGAGACUUUUAAUCACUUGGCUAGCUGGCUUGAAGAUGCAAGACAACAUGCUAAUGCAAACAUGACAAUAAUGCUGAUUGGCAACAAGUGUGAUCUUGCGCACAGAAGGGCUGUCAGCACCGAGGAAGGAGAGCAGUUUGCAAAGGAGCACGGUUUAAUCUUUAUGGAGGCCUCUGCUAAAACUGCUCAAAAUGUUGAGGAGGCAUUCAUAAAAACUGCUGCGACCAUUUAUAAGAAGAUCCAGGAGGGAGUAUUUGAUGUAUCUAAUGAGUCAUAUGGGAUAAAGGUUGGGUAUGGUGGAAUCCCAGGGCCAUCAGGAGGCAGAGAUGGCACUAUAGCUCAAUCUGGGGGUUGUUGCAGUUAAACAUCUUGCUGCUCAAUCUAGUACAAACUUCGACGAUGUCUUCUUUAAAUUCCUUUGUUAAUUAUGAGUGUCAGAAUCCAUCAGAAAAAGAACAAAACAGAAAAAAAGAAACCCAUAAUAGGUUAUCAUCAGGUACUUGUAUAAUCAUUUGAUGUGUCAUGUUUUUUUUCUUCUUUUCAAUAAGCUAAUUAUGUCUUCAUCGUAUUUGAUUGUAAAGGUAAAUUCAUAUUAAUGCAUGUUAUUUGUGACA